AACCGUUCUUGCGGUGGAAGAUGACCGAAAAACAGAAAACAUCUUUUGGCGCACAAAUCCUAAUCCACCGCUCCACCAGGACCAACACCAUUUCAACAAACCCUUCAAACAAAAUGCUCCGAUAGCAACCACCAAAACCGCCGUCAGGACCACCAUGUCUACCGCCAAAACCCUAACCCUAAAUACAUCCGAACGCUAUCUUCAAUCGCAAAACCCCCUUCCUAGCUCAUCUCCGUCGCAACUCCCUUCAUUUCCCGCCAAUUUCCCCCCCUCAAAGCUCAUCCCCAAAACUCGCUUCAUCAUCGAUGGCUUCCGACAUUCUGGCGAAUUUUCUAUCUCCUACUUCCUCUCACACUUCCACGCUGAUCACUACACUGGCCUCACUUCAACGUGGUCUCGAGGUAUCAUCUUCUGCUCUGUAACCACCGCUCGCCUCGUUGUCAAAGUUCUCGGUGUUUCGGCACUGUCCGUUAUCGGAUUGCCAAUUAACGAGACCGUUGUUAUAGACAAUUGUGAGGUAACUUUAAUUGAUGCUAAUCACUGCCCUGGUGCUGUUCAAUUUCUGUUUAAAGUUCCUGUUAGUGGUGGUAAAUUUGAGCGUUAUGUUCAUACUGGUGAUUUUAGGUUCUGUAGUGAUAUGAAGUUGAUACCUUUUUUAAGUGAAUUUGUUGGUUGUGAUGCUGUUUUUCUCGAUACAACGUAUUGUGAUCCCAAAUUUGUGUUCCCUGUGCAAGAGGAGUCGAUUGAUUAUGUAGUUAGUGUGAUAGAAAGGAGUAGGAGUGAGAAUAGGAAUGCUAGUAAAAGUGUUUUGUUUCUUGUUGCGACAUAUGUAAUCGGAAAAGAGAGGAUUUUGUUGGAAAUAGCGCGUAGGUGUGACUGUAAGAUCCAUGUAGAUAGUAGGAAGAUGGAGAUUUUGCGGGAGUUAGGUUACGAGAAUGAAGGGGUGUUUACGGAAGAUGAAUCCUCUAGUGAUGUUCACGUUGUUGGGUGGAAUGUUUUGGGUGAGACUUGGCCAUAUUUUCGGCCUAAUUUCAUGAAGGUGAAUGAAAUUAUGGUUGGAAAAGAGUAUAAGAAGGUUGUGGGAUUUGUUCCUACUGGAUGGACUUAUGAAGUGAAGAAAAACAAGUUUGCAGUAAGAACAAAAGAUUCGUUUGAGAUUCAUCUGGUGCCUUACAGUGAACAUUCCAAUUACAACGAGCUUAGAGAAUAUGUGAAGUUUUUGAAACCAAAGCGUGUGCUUCCUACAGUUGGCUUUGAUGUUGAGAAUGUGGACAGCAAACAUGCUCUAAAAAUGCAAAAGCAUUUUGCAGGAUUGGUGGAUGAGAUGGCCAAUAAGCAAGAAUUUUUGAUGGGUUUUUACCGUGUACCCCAGGGAAAAGGAAAGGUCAAGGUAGAUGAUUUGGCACCUGAGUUGGACAAAGACAUAGAACAAUUCAAAGAGGAGUUUGACGUGUGCGAGCUGAAAAAUGGUCGUGAAGCUGACUCUGGUUCCACGUGCUCUGUAGCUUCUACGCAUGAACCUGAUUCACAAGAUUUAACCCCUUUUAGUGAUAAGGAAAAAGAUGAGAUCAUGCAAGAGCUACGGGAUUGUUUGCCCGUAUGGGUUUCUGUAGAUCAGUUGCUAGAACUUGUCAAAACAUAUGGCAGAAAUAUUGUUGAUGCUGUAUCGCAUUUUUAUGAACACGAAACAGAAUUUCAUGAGCGGAGUGGAGAAUCUCUUCCUUCAUCACAAAAGUCAGAAAGUCCUUGCACAAAACUUCUUAAUCCUCCUUCUGUUGAGAGCAGUCUUCAGACACCGGUGAAGUCACCUAAUCAAAAGGCCAAAUUUCCGCCAUUGAAGCAGUCAGUUGCAAGCAGUGUUUCUCCUGGAAAAAGAAAGAAAAAUCCUCAAAAUAAGAAGAAUAAGAAGGGAAAAUUAAACUCAAAUCUUGAAUCUGGUGGCAUAAAGCAAUCUACAAUAACCAAAUUUUUCAGUAAAGGUAGUAGGGUUUGUCAGGGAAUCACCGCUACCCCUUUGUCUGGGAUAAGUACUGAGGACAAGAGUCUAACUUCUGAACAUUCAGUUAAACAAUAUAAGGAAGAGCUGGAGCAAUUUAUUCAGAUAAUUGAUGGCAGUGAAUCAAUAAAAGGUUAUGCUGCUGAACUGUUAGAAAAGGCUGAGGGAAAUGUAGGUUUGGCACUGGAUAUGUAUUACAAUAAUUCUGAAGUUCACCUUGGUGGUAAUCAAAAAGGGGUAGAUGCUAGUAGCAAAUCACUACCAUGUGAAGGUCUAGAAGAAAGCAUCUCUAGCCAAGGGAAAGAAAGGUCUGAAGCUGGCAACAAGGUUUAUCAAUCUGCACAAGAUUCAUUGGCUGACAGUACUGCUGUUAACUAUGUAUCACUACCACCAGAGACGUAUUCUCCAAUAGAACAUGCUUGCUGGAAGCACGGUCAGCCUGCUCCAUAUAUACACUUGGCCCGGACUUUUGACAUUGUUGAAGGUGAAAGGGGCAAAAUUAAAGCUACAUCAAUACUUUCCAAUAUGUUUAGAAGUUUGCUGGCUUUGUCUCCUGAUGAUGUUCUACCUGCUAUUUAUCUCUGCACAAAUAAGAUCGCCGCUGACCAUGAAAAUAUGGAACUAAACAUUGGUGGAAGUUUGGUUGCAUCUGCCCUAGAAGAGGCAUGUGGAAUUAAUAGAGCUAAGAUAAGGGAAAUGUACAACAAUUUUGGUGAUCUUGGUACGUGUUACUCGAUAAUUUCUCAUUAUCAUCACUCUUUGUGUAUAGUAAUCAUGUGCAUGAUACUGAAUCUAAUAGGUGAUGUUGCACAAGAGUGUCGGAAAACACAGUCACUACUUCUUCCUCCUUCACCCCUUCUGAUUCGAGAUGUAUUUUCCAUACUUCGGAAAAUUAGUGUACAGACAGGCAGUGGAAGUGCAGGUAGGAGGAAAAGCCUAAUUGUCAGUAUGAUGCGAUCUUGCAGAGAGAAGGAAAUGAAGUUUCUUGUCAGAACUUUGGUUAGGAACCUGCGAAUUGGAGCAAUGAUGAGAACAGUUCUUCCUGCAUUGGCUCAAGCAGUUGCUCUGAACGGUUAUGACGAAGCAGGAAAAGUUCCAAAGGAAUUGCUUCAGGGCCUUUCUGCUGCUGCUGUUGAAGUUUAUAAUAUUCUUCCGGAUUUGAAUUUAUUGGUACCUUCUCUUAUGAGCGAAGGCAUAAAGUUUUCCACCACCACGUUGACUAUGGUACCAGGCAUUCCUAUCAGGCCCAUGCUUGCUAAAAUAACUAAUGGAAUUGCGCAAGCACUGAAGCUAUUCCAGAAUAAAGCUUUCACCUGUGAGUUUAAAUAUGAUGGUCAACGCGCCCAAAUUCACAAAUUUGAUGAUGGUUCUGUGCGCAUCUUUUCAAGAAAUGGGGAUGAGAUGACUACAAAAUUUCCAGACUUGGUGCAUAUUAUUCAGGAAUCAUGUAAAACUUCCGCUGAAUCUUUCAUUAUUGAUGCGGAGGUGGUUGGAAUUGAUCGCAACAAAGGAAUCAAGUUUUUAUCCUUUCAAGAACUAUCUGCCAGAGAGAGAGGGAGCAAAGCUUCCUUGGUUUCAUUGGAUAGAAUAAAGGUUGACAUUUGUGUCCUUGUGUUCGAUGUCAUGUUCGUCAAUGGGGAGAAGCUGUUGGCUGUCCCACUCCGGCAAAGGCGGCAGUGCAUGAACGAUCUUUUUAAAGGGGAAAAGCCUGGUUUUUUGGAAUAUGCAAAGGAAACGACUGUGGAAGCAGACGAAGCUCGUCCAGACUGUGAAGCCACUUUGACAAAGAUAAAUGCUUUCCUUGAAGAUGCAUUUCAGUCUUCUUGUGAAGGGAUUAUGGUUAAGUCACUGGAUGUUGAUGCUGGCUACUUUGCUUCAAAACGGGCUGAUUCAUGGUUGAAGGUAAAGCGAGAUUAUAUGGACGGUGUAGGGGACUCCCUUGAUUUAGUUCCCAUUGGUGCUUGGCAUGGCAAUGGGAGAAAGGCAGGAUGGUAUAGUCCAUUUCUUAUGGCUUGUUACAAUCCUGAUACAGAGGAAUAUGAAAGUUUAUGUCGUGUAAUGACAGGGUUUUCUGAUGCUUUCUACAAAGAGAUGAAAGAUUUACUCUCCGGAGACAAAAUAUUGACCAGAAAGCCCUUGUAUUACCGAACAGAUGAAGUUCCGGAUAUGUGGUUUUCAGCUGAAAUGGUGUGGGAGAUAAGAGGUGCAGACCUCACUGUAUCACCUGUUCACAAGGCUGCAGUUGCAAUCGUUCAUCCUUCACGUGGAAUUUCUAUGAGGUUUCCGAGAUUUGUCCGCUCUCUUUCGGACAGACGACCAGAAGAUUGCAGUACCUCUACGGAAGUUGCCGAAAUGUUUCAUUCUCAGACUCGAAAGAUGGAUUUAAGUGGUGCUCGUUAGACUUUUGGUCUUUAAAAUGCACGUUGUACUUGUACAUAAUUGUUAAUAUACUUUGCUUAUGUUCAUAUAAGCUUCAAGUAUCCUCCAUGUAAAGUUUUGUUUGUAUACGAUGCCUGCUAUCUUAUAUUUAGCAUUUCUUUUGGAAACUUUGUUUGUUAGAAGCAGAAAAGUUACUCGGAAGUUGUAAAUGAAAGCCAUUUAAACUUUUCUCCAAAGUUGUUGAUGGA